UAGAAACCAGAAUUAAUUACAUCAUUCUGAUGAUCCGGUGGAGUAAAUGCGCGGAUGGAUAGAUAAACGGUGAAGUUUCCAACAAAAUCUCUGACUCCGAUUCAGCUUUCUAAGUAUAAGUUCCCAUUCCCUCUCUUCUUCUUCUUUUAUCAUAUAUCAUCGAAAACGCAAACCCAGAAAAAUGGGAGGAGAAGCUGGCUUCAUCGGAUCAAUCGAUCAAGGAACCACGAGCACCAGAUUCAUCAUUUACGACCACAAUGCUCGCUCCGUUGCUUCUCACCAGGUUGAGUUCACGCAGUUCUACCCCGAAGCUGGAUGGGUGGAACACGAUCCAAUGGAGAUACUGGAAAGUGUGAAAGUGUGCAUCGCCAAGGCCCUCGACAAAGCCACAGCCGAUGGGCACAACGUCGACGGUGGCUUGAAGGCCAUCGGGCUCACGGAUCAGCGAGAGACGACCGUCGUCUGGAGCAAAUCCACUGGGCUUCCUCUCCACAAAGCGGUUGUGUGGAUGGAUGCUCGCACCAGUUCCAUCUGCAGGAGACUAGAGAAGGAACUAUCAGGAGGUAGAUCGCACUUUGUGGAGUCUUGUGGCUUGCCCAUAAGCACCUACUUCUCCGCCAUGAAGCUUCUUUGGCUGAUGGAGAAUGUCGACGCUGUCAAGGACGGUAUCACGAAAGGUGAUGCCAUCUUUGGCACCAUCGACACCUGGCUCAUCUGGAACAUGACCGGCGGUGCCAACGGCGGUCUACACGUCACCGACGUCACCAACGCGUCUCGCACGAUGCUCAUGAACCUCAGCACCUUGAGCUGGGACGACGCGACUCUCAAGACUCUCGGAAUACCUGCUGAAAUCUUGCCCAAGAUUGUCAGCAAUUCCGAGGUCAUUGGAGAGAUCUGCAAGGGCUGGCCCAUUCCAGGUAUCAGGAUCGCGGGAUGUCUCGGCGACCAACACGCGGCGAUGCUCGGACAAGCCUGCCGGAAAGGAGAGGCCAAGAGCACUUACGGCACUGGCGCCUUCAUUCUUCUCAACACAGGAGAAGUCGCCAUCAAAUCGGGGCACGGCCUUUUGACCACGCUGUCUUACAAGCUCGGGCCUCAAGCGCCCACAAACUAUGCCCUGGAAGGCUCGAUUGCGAUUGCAGGAGCUGCUGUGCAGUGGCUAAGAGACAGCCUUGGAAUUAUCAAGAGCGCAAGUGAGAUAGAGGAUUUGGCGGCUAUGGUGGAUUCAACCGGAGGAGUCUACUUUGUGCCGGCGUUUAACGGUUUGUUUGCGCCGUGGUGGAGAGAAGACGCUCGUGGUGUGUGCAUCGGGAUCACGAGGUUCACAAACAAGUCUCACAUCGCACGGGCGGUGCUGGAGAGCAUGUGUUUCCAAGUAAAGGACGUGCUCGACUCCAUGAACAAAGACGCCGGAGAAAAGGGCUCCCUAGAUAACGAGAAAGGGGAGUUCUUGCUGAGAGUUGACGGUGGCGCCACGGCCAACAACCUUCUGAUGCAGAUUCAGGCUGAUUUGAUGGGAAGUCCGGUGGUGAGGCCUGUGGACAUAGAGACAACGGCACUGGGAGCAGCCUAUGCAGCUGGACUGGCCGUGGGAUUCUGGAAAGAAGAAGACAUAUUCGAGUCAGGAGAGAAGGCGAAGAACUCCAAAGUUUUCAGACCGGCUAUGGAAGAAGAAACCAGGAAGAAGAAAGUGGAGUCUUGGUGCAAAGCGGUCGAGAGAACAUUCGAUCUUGCUGAUCUCUCUCUCUGAGCAAGACUUGAAUGAUUUCCCUAAAACCACAUCGUCCGAUUACUUGUGAUACCACACUUUGGGCUGUCUUAUCUUUUUAAGUCACGUUAUGUUUAACGUCUAAUAUAUUAUGUUCGUUAGAAUAAACAGUCGUUUGAAUGAUCGAUUAAUAGAUGCUUAAUAGUGUUUGAAGUGAGAUUGCAUCAGAUAAAAGACAAGAGAGAAGUAUUUUCAAUAGUUUCAGACCCAACAGAUGAAGCA